GAGCCUUUCUGGAUUUUAGAGAGGAAGGUUCCAACCGAUUGGGGGGUCGGACGCAGGAGGGGAGACAGGCAAAAAGUCAGGCAGAGAUGGAGACUCUGAGAGACAAAACGUGCUCGACAGACCACGCCAGGCGGCAAGGCAGGGCGGCGGGCGAGGCGGCUGCCGUGGGCGGGAGGUGCGCGAGGUGAGGGAGGUGUGGGGGGCGUGUGCCACGGGAUGCUGCCGCCCGCUCCGACUGAGCUCCAGCUCGGGUUUUUCCCUCCACCAUCCUCUCCCCCUCCCCGCCUCUCCUUUAACUCCCCCCUCCUGGGCUCGGGACUGGUUUCCUCCCUUAGCCCGCUGCCCUCAAUCCCGGCGAGGCUGGGGCUCCGGCUCGGCGUCCCCUUCUUUGCUCCCUCUCCUGGCGCCCCAUGCUGCCUCCACCUGGACCCUGGCUCCCCCAGCCCCCCACUUAGGCCGGCGCACAAAUCUCGGGGUGCUGGCGCGUGGGCCGGGGGCGCAGAGGGCGCCUGGAGACAGCCCUUGCGAGGGCUCUGGUCGGGCUGAGCACUCUGGAGCGGGGGGCUCGGGGACAGCAGGAAGCAGGUCCUCGUGGGAGCUGGGGGCACCAGCCACCCAUAGGGUGACCGGGGCUGAACAGCCGGCCAGCCGAGGCAAUCACCCCUGGGGGUGAGCGACUUUGGGGGAGUUGGUGCCCCGCCCCCCAGGCCUUGGCGGGGUCAUGGGGGGCCCCCAUUCCGGGCUGGGGGGUGUGCAAGUCGGGGCCCUGCUGCUUCUGGCGUUUUGGGGGCUGGUGUCUGGGCUCAGCCUGGAGCCUGUCUACUGGAACUCGGCGAAUAAGAGGUUCCAGGCAGAAGGUGGUUAUGUGCUAUACCCUCAGAUCGGGGACCGCCUAGACCUGCUUUGCCCCCGGUCCCGGCCUCCUGGCCCCCACUCCUCUCCUAAUUAUGAGUUCUAUAAGCUGUACCUGGUAGGGGGUGCCCAGGGCCGGCGCUGUGAGGCACCCCCUGCCCCAAACCUCCUCCUCACCUGUGACCGGCCAGACCUGGAUCUCCGCUUCACCAUCAAGUUCCAGGAGUACAGCCCUAACCUCUGGGGCCACGAGUUCCGCUCACACCAUGAUUACUACAUCAUUGCCACAUCUGAUGGAACCCGGGAAGGCCUGGAGAGCUUGCAGGGUGGCGUGUGCCUAACCAGAGGCAUGAAGGUGCUUCUCCGAGUGGGACAGAGUCCCCGAGGAGGGGCCAUCCCCCGAAAACCUGUGUCUGAAAUGCCCAUGGAGAGAGACAGAGGGGCAGCUCAUAGCCUGGAGCCCGGGAAGGAGAAUAUGCCAGGUGACCCCACCAGCAAUGCAACCUCCCGGGGUGCUGAAGGCCCCCUGCCCCCUCCCAGCAUGCCCGCAGUGGCUGGGGCAGCAGGGGGGCUGGCGCUGCUCUUGCUGGGCGUGGCAGGGGCUGGGGGUGCCAUGUGUUGGCGGAGACGGCGGGCCAAGCCUUCGGAGAGUCGCCACCCUGGUCCUGGCUCCUUUGGGAGGGGAGGGUCUCUGGGCUUGGGGGGGGGAGGGGGGUUGGGACCUCGGGAGGCUGAGCCUGGGGAGCUAGGGAUAGCUUUGCGGGGUGGUGGGGCUACAGAUCCCCCCUUCUGUCCCCACUAUGAGAAGGUGAGUGGUGACUACGGGCAUCCUGUGUACAUCGUGCAGGAUGGGCCCCCCCAGAGCCCUCCAAACAUCUACUACAAGGUAUGAGGGCUCCUUCCACUUGGCCCUCCUAAAUCAAGCCCUUCUUAGGGUGCUCCUCUGGUUUAAUUCAUGGUUUGAGGGACACCUCUGGCAUCUUCUUGGCCCCCUUUGCUCCCACUAGCUCCUUUAUUCCUCUGGCUGUUCCUCUUGUCUCUACUUUUAGGAUCCCUUAAGAUUUCCACUGCAUCCCUCCUGCCCUCCCAUUUGGCCAUGGGCAUCCCUAUGUCUCUGUGUCCCUUGGGGAGGAAGCACAGGCUCAGCCUCCUCUCUGAUCAUGACCCAGGUAUCCAUGUCCCCUUUGACCACCCAGAGUAGGGGCAGGAACAGUCUGUCUUUUGGUUGGCACUUCUUUAUGCCUCUCACUGUUUUUCUCUUCUUUCUUUCUCUUAUUCUUUCUCGCUUUCCUGUCUUUAGGUCUGUUCUUUUCUUCCCUAGCAUCUUCCUCCUUACAUCUCCCUUUACCUUCUUGGCUUCUUAUCCUGUGCCUCUCCCAUCUCCUGGGUGGGGGGCAUCAAAGCACUUCUCCCCUUAGCUCUCAGCUCCCCUUCUGACCUCUCAUACCAAGCACUCCCCUCAGUCCACCAAAAAUGGGGGCCUUAUGGGGAAGGCUCUGGCACUCCACCCCAGCUCAGGGCAUGGGUAGUAGGGCCUCCUCUGCCCUGCCCCAAGCCUCUACAUACUUACUCCAGCCAUUUGGGGUGGUUGGGUCAUGACAGCUACCAUGAGAAGAAGUGUCCUGUUUUGUCCAGUGGCUGACAGCAAGAUAUGAACCAGUUGGGACAUUGUGGACUUGGUCUGAUGCUGAAUGGGCCACUUGGGACAUGAAGUGACUCUCUCCAGACAAGAAGUGGCUAGGCCUGGACAGAAAUGGCCUGGAAAGUGGCAGAAGCAGUGCAGCAGGAACUGGAAGUGCCUUCAUCCAGGACAGGAAGUAGCACUUCUGAAAUAGGAAGUGGUCUGGCUGGAACUCCAAGUGGCUUAGUCCGGGGGGGUUGGGGGUGGAAGGUGGAUGGUUCUUACCUGUGGAGAAGGGGGCAGGAGGAACUUCCUGUUUUAGGAGGAAGCUGGAACUUACUGACUGUAAGAAGACAGAGGUGGACUGAGGAAGACUUUCCUAGUAUUCAGUGGCACUUCCCAGGACCUCCCUUCCCAUGUGCUCUGUGUGAUUUUAAGACAGCUAAGAUAACUGCCAUCUGCUAUGGCAGGCCCAAUUUGUCUUGUUUGUCCCUUCCUGUAUCUCAAUAUAAUCUCUGUUAAUCAACAGGACUACCCCAAAAGCCCAUGUGUUCUCCCCCAGUGACCAGAUGGCUGUCUUGUUCAUUGCAUCUUCCCUUCAGAGCCAACACGGCUCCCUUCUUAGUGACCAAAAUGGUGGCCUAUCGACUGGUCUAGUUGUCAGUGGUACUUAGAAAUGGCCACUGUCUCCAUAGUCACCAGCCUAUACCUCUUCCUGCUCUCUAGUGCACAGUUGGCUGUUGCCUCAGUUUCCUCCCAGCUCAGUUUUAUUAUAAGAUCAAAGCUGCCCUUGGACAUCAAGUCACCACCUCAAUCACCAGCCAAGAUGGUUGCUUUGUCCACCAGAGGUCAAGUCAUCUCUCUGGUGCAGUAGUUCCCAGCUCCUUCCAGGGAACAGGAAGUUGAUAUUGCCAUGGGGGAGGUGGCGGGGUAUGGCCGUCACCUCAAUAGUUUUACUGUAAAAGGGAAAUUUGAACAACAAAAACCAAAAAAAGAAUAAAAAACUUCAAAAGUU